UAUUAUGCUUCAUUAAGUACUUAUACAAAAUUUUAUUAAAAUAAAACCAUUUAAACUGGGUGUUCGGAUUUAUAUGUCACUUAGUAUAUAUGUAUUACGUACUGAAGUAACUCCGUUGAUCAUCCAGGCUAGUUCAAUUCUAAUCCAAGCUGUCGAUGAGGCACAUUAAAUCUAUCAGUACAUAUUACAGUACUUUCCACGAGUUCAUCGCAUCUAGACUAUGAAGUCUCUGGUUGCGCUUACCGCCAGUUGUCGUAAAUCGGCAACUUCCGAUGAGAACCAGAAUAGAAGCACUGGCAGUGUCAGUGUAAUGACAGGCAAAGAGGCAAAUUAGACUGGAUUGGAUUUUUGAUCAAGACGUGGUCAGACGCGUUAAACUACACCUUAAACCGAACCUCAAAUGUUGGAUCUUAGACCUUGGGUCUCAAAGCUUAUAUCCUAGCGCCUAUCUCUCAUCGCUUUUCUUCAUUCUGACUGAAAUUGCUCAUUUAACAAGCUUCACCGCAAAGUCAACUGCCCUGCUGCAUCUGAUAUUGUGCUUGAAACCAUCAGUCCUACAUGUUACUAGGCCAGAGCAUACUACAACUGCUUCAGACAACUGAGCCCUGCUUGAGUUACAGCUCAGAGGGUUGAAUGUCAUCUGAGAAGGGAUACCACCAGGUGCAGGCUGGCAAACUACAGGUGGGAUUAGUCUAAGCUUAUUGUGUGUUAUUCCGGCUUUAGUCCAGAAGACUUUUGAACUCUAAAACAACAGUUUAGUUAGCUCUAAUGUAGAAAUAUUGUAGAGAUUAUUUAGAUAAUAUCUUGUGUCUAGAGUAUAGGUAUACUUACUGGUAAGUUAGCACUCUUCUUAUUAGUUUUUGUGUAGGGAGCAACCUGAAUAGUAGGCAUUAGGCCUUAUUGAGUUACAUUUCACUCACUUUGGUUUACGAAAGAACCUGAGGGAAUGUAAAUAGGAAAAACAUCCCAUUGGUUCGGAAAAAUGACCAGAAAUACCUUCAAAACUCUAAAAAAUCCCACAAAAGUGAAAACACGCGUAGUUGUAGCUUAACACCCCCUUUAGAUAUAUCUAGCAUAAUACGCAUUUCAAUAGCACAACUCUGGGGUCUGAUUAGAAAAAACUACCAUUGUUUGGGAAAAAUGUCAAGAAACAUCUUCAAAACUGCAAAAAUUCCCACAAAAGUGAAAAUACGCGGGGUUCUAGCACAGCACGCCCUUUAGAUAUCUCUGGCAUAAUAUUCAGUACAAUUUCAAAAACAGAACUCGGGGAUGCCAUUAGAAAAAACUACCCUUGGUCUGGAAAAAUGUCAAGAAAUGCCUUCAAAACUGUAAAAAUUCCCACAAAAGUGAAAACACGCGGAGUUCUAGCACAGCACCCCCCCCCUUUAGAUAUCCCUAGUGUAAUACUCAGUACAAUUUCAAAAGCAGAACUCGGUUAUGUCAUUAGAAAAAACUACCCUUGGUUGAGAAAAAUGACCAGAAAUACCUUCAAAACUAUAAAAAUUCCCACAAAAGUAACAACACGCGGACUUCUAGCACAGCACCCCCUUUAGAUAUCUCUAGCAUAAUACUCGGUACAAUUUCAAAAGCAAAACACGGGGUGCCAUUAGAGAAAACUAGCCUUGGUUGGGAGGAAUGUCGAGAAAUACCUUCAAAACUGUAAAAAUUCCCACAAAAGUGAAAACACACGGAGUUCUAUAACGGCACCCCCUUUAGAUAUCUCUAGUGUAAUACUCAGUACAAUUUCAAAAGCAGAACUCGGUUAUGUCAUUAGAAAAAACUACCCUUGGUAUUAUUAUUGAGACAGGGCGGUACUCAAACUUCCAAAGGGCUAUAACUUUGUUACUUUAAUUUUACCAGAAAAAUGGUAAAGGAAAAAAACAUUUCUUUUGAUCAGAUCUACUCACUGUUAAAAUAAAUGACUCAACUUCGAAGUCACCCUGUAUAUAUACAAACUUAAUAAUUUUCUAAUGACAUCCCCGACUUUGGCUUUUGAAAUUGUACAGAAUGGUAUGCUAAAGAUAUUUGAGGGGGUGCUGCGCUAGAACUCGGAUGCGUUUUUUCACUUUUGUGGGAAUCUUUAGAGUUUUGAAGGUAUUUCUCGUCAUUUUCCCCAACCAAGGAUAGUUUUUCUAAUGGCACCCCCGAGUUCUGAUUUUGAAAUUGUACUGAGUAUUACGCUGGAGAUAUUUAAAGGGGGUUCUGAGCUAGAACUCUGCUUUUUUCACUUUUGCUCCGCGCUUUUUGGUUUUGUACAGUCUCAAGUGAGUUGGUGAUAUUAGUUUACGUUUUCUUAGUUUAGUUUUUUCUCAGAACCCCCAAUAUCAGUGUUUAAAAAUAAUUGAAAAAUCAUUGAUCAUUGGUUGCAUGAAUGUGUGAGGCUUACAGUGCUGGAGUGCCAUGUACAUCCCAGCGACCUUAACCACCUCUGAAACCAGCAUCAAAGUGGGUGAUGAAUAAACGGGGAACAUUACGAUUAGACGCGGGGUCAAACAGGGGGAUCUACUGAGCCCAUUGUUAUUUAACAUGGUUAUAGACAAGCUGCUGAGACGGAUGAAUGACGGGAACAGGGGAGGCACGAUCCUUCCUGGAGUCAAGGUCAUCGCCAUGGCGUUCGCUGAUGAUAUCAUCUUACUGGAGGACGCUGAAAUUAAUCUUCCGCUGGCGCUCGGUGAAGUAGUAGAGUUUGCGAAGUCCAAGAACAUGGCCUUGAACCCUGGGAAGUGUUCGACCAUGGUGGUUGGAUUGGUGCCACGGAAAGAUUAUUUACUUAAGAUUGAUGAACGUCGUGUGGCCAUGGUGACGGAGGUUAAUAGCUCCCGCUACCUCUGACACGAGGCGUCUCUCGGUGAGAUAAUGAGACACUCACUCACUAAUCUUCGCCUAUGUCUGUCUAACCUGAAAAAGUCCCCUCUAAAGCCGGAUCAGAAGCUCACUAUCAUUAAAAAUCGUAUUGUAGCGUUUUUCUGGGUUCUUUCGGGUGUGGAUUAAAACACAGGAUUCCGCAAAAAGAAAUGCACUAAUUUAUUUAACUUAAUAGAACAUUUAUGUACACCACUAUUUAUGUCUGACUAAUUCUUAUGUCCCAUUGACUGCAUUAUACUCCACUCCGCUCUGCUAUUCUACCGUAUUUAGUACUUUGCUUCCAUCUCCCGGCAGCCGAGUUAUAUAUAGUUCCCAUUGCUGCUUCGAGAAAGGUCUGGUGAACCACAAAGCGGCAUCUAGAAUAUUGGAGGUCCCGUGGCGUCGAUCUAGAAGGUGAGUCACUGCCAGGGUCCUCACAGACGCCGCCAAGCGGCCUGUGCGGUCGUGGUUCGCGUAAAAGCAGAGAUCGGCCAUGAAGCUCUGGCGGGUAGGAGACUCGCCCAACAGAUGGCGCCAACAGUACUAUUUUUGUCACAGUAUUAUCGCCAAGCUGUUUUAAGGUCUCCAAACACCGAAGGUAUAGGGGAAAGCCUUCGGUUCGUGGAUCGCCUGAUAAAUGGAAGUGUUAUGGCGGUUUUACACCUCUCAGUGCAUACGCCGGACGCUGGCCUUUAUGCGGUAAUCCGCGAUGAAGGCCUAGGGAUCCAGCAGUUGAGACUUAAUGUUCCACGGGUGUUCCUGAGCAGACUUGUUAAGCCGCUCUAAAACAACGAAGACCGGGCACUGAUGGUGGCGCUGCAGAGCGACUGCACUCAUGAACUCAUGCACAGGUUGGACGGACUAGUGGGGGUUGUCCCUGUGGUCCAGCUUUGGAGAGAGCGACUGAGGAUAUCCUCAACUGCAGCGGAGAAUGCGUGCGAUGACUCAGCCAGCCGCUCUUGGCCUCAGGAAAAGCUCAAAGACUG